AUGCAGAGUGCUUUUAAUAUUGAAGAAGACAUUUUUGAAAAUGAAUUUGAAGACUCAUCCAGCUACUCUUCCGGCGCUUCUUUCUCUAGCGAAGAUGAAGCAACAGCUUGCACUGAUGAAUUUAGUACAGAAGAGUGAACCGAACUUACAAAGCUCAAAAGACAAGAUACCAUUCCUUUAAUGGAUCCUCAACCAGGUCAGCCUCAGCCUGAUCAAAUUACUCCUCUAUCUUUAUUUAGAAUCUUUUUUGAUGAAGAAGUUCUCGAAGAAAUCACAAACAAUUCAAACGACUAUGCAAAAUCUAUAUUUGAGGCAAAUCCAAUCCCAUCAAGGAGAAUGGGAGACAUGACUCCACUCACCCCUCGAGAACUUGAAAACUGGCUUGGAAUAGCCAUUAUGAUGGGCCUAAUUAAAGCACCAAAGCAAACGGAUUACUGGUCAACGAUCCCUCUUUAUCACAAUAAAUUAAUAUCUGGGAUAAUGCCAAGUAGAAGAUUCCAAGCCAUCAGCCGCAUGAUGCAUUUAUCUCCAUUGCAAUACUACGGAAGCAACAAGCUUUCCAAAAUAGAACCUAUACUAAGCAUGAUUCGGGAAAGAUGCAAAGCCAACUAUUGCCUUGGAAAAUACAUUUCAAUUGAUGAAUCAAUGAUUCAAUUCAAAGGAAGGCAUCAAGCUAUACAGUAUAUGCCAGCGAAACCUAUAAAAUGAGGCUUUAAAGUGUUCGCUCUAUGUGAUUCUGUGUCUGGCUAUAUGUGGAAUUUUUAUAUUUUUUCUGGAAAAUCUCAAGACGAUGUACAUUCGACAAUGAGAGUUGUGCUGCGGCUUAUUGAAAGCUUGCAAGGAAGCUUUCACAAGCACUAUUUGUUUUUUGAUCGCUGAUAUUCUAGUAUCGAACUAUUCAAUUCGCUUUCAAAUCUUGGCCUUGCAGCAACAGGAACAGUGAAUCCAAACAGAAAAGGGCUUCCGAAAGCAAGCAUAAGCAAAAAAACAAGAAACCAAUUUUUCUUGAGAGGGGACCUGCUAUUUUGUGCAUGAUAUGACCAUAGACCUAUAUAUCUAUUAUCCAAUAUUGAAGGAAUCCAAUUCAACUCUGUUAAAAGAACGGCAAAAGAGGGGACUGAAAAAAAUGUGGAAAAGCCUGUUAUUGUAUCGAAAUACACAUUUGGGAUGGGCGGAGUGGACUAUUAUGAUCAGCUCAUACAAGCGUAUAGCACACAUAGAAAGUCUGUAAAAUGAUGGAAAUCAUGCUUCCACUAUUUAAUUGAAAUUGCAGUAACAAAUUCUUUCAUCAUUUAUAAGCAUUACAGUACUAAAGGCAUAGUAGAAGCAAUGAGUCAUGAGAAAUUUACAAGAUUACUAGCGGAACAGCUUACAAAAGAUGUCAGCCAAGAAGAAAAUGAACAGCUUGCAGAGAAAAUGAAUAAAGUAUCAAGGUGCAGGUAUUGUGUGGAGCAUCAAACGCUACAAAGUAAGAAAUGUAGUAAAACUAGACACUGUUGUCAUGAAUGCAAAAAGCCUAUUCAUCUCAAGUGCAUGAAGCUUCAUGAAUGCAAAUAA